CUUGUUAGGCGAGAUCUUCUAAUGCUCUGUUUUGACAGCGGACGAUUCAUCAUCCAUCAUCAGUUGCUGCCCCUUGGACGGAUUAGGAGGCAGUAGACAACGAAAAUAGUGAAAAUUUGAUCUACAAUUGCUGUACAUUUUAAUUACGAAAUUGGGUAUCAGCUCCGGAUUCGGAUCCAGUGAAGAAUCGUAGUGAAACGCGUGGUUAACCGUAGAUAGUUACAAUCCGCCAAAAUUGAGUCCCACGGGGAAUCUUCCAGGAUGUCGGGUGAUCAAAAAACCCUCAUCAAGGGUAACCCAUCGCAAUAUGUAAAGCUGAAUGUGGGCGGAUCGUUGCACUACACGACAAUCGGGACGCUUUGCAAGCAGGACACCAUGCUCCGGGCCAUGUUUAGCGGUCGAAUGGAAGUACUGACCGAUUCUGAAGGUUGGAUCCUCAUCGACCGUUGCGGCACUCACUUUGGUACGAUUCUCAAUUUCCUACGCGAUGGCAGCGUUGCACUGCCGGAGACCACGAGGGCAAUCGCCGAACUGCUGGCGGAGUCCAAGUAUUACUGCAUCGAUGAACUUGGUGAGGCAUGUGAGAAGGUACUGGCCAAAAAGGAACGCGAAUCACGAGAAUCGGAACCAAUAUGCCGUGUUCCGUUGAUAACCUCGCAAAAGGAAGAGCAGUAUUUGAUAACGACGGCCACCAAACCGGUCGUCAAGUUACUCAUCAACCGUCACAAUAACAAGUACAGCUAUACGAACACGUCUGACGACAAUCUGUUGAAAAAUAUCGAACUAUUCGAUAAACUCUCGCUGCGUUUCAGUGGUCGAGUGUUCUUCAUAAAAGAUGUGAUCGGUUCCAGCGAGAUUUGCUGUUGGUCCUUCUACGGCAAUGAAAAGGUAGCGGAAGUAUGCUGCACGUCCAUCGUGUAUGCAACGGAUAAAAAACACACCAAGGUUGAAUUUCCGGAGGCACGCAUCUUCGAAGAAACCCUCAAUAUUCUACUGUACGAGAACAAGAAUGCUCCGGAUCAGGAGUUGAUGCAGGCCACUUCGCUUCGAGGAGCAGUAGGAGGCAUAUCUUCCUACACCAGCGACGAGGAAGAAGAACGUACCGGUCUGGCUCGAUUGCGCUCCAAUAAACAGAAUAAUCCCACAUGAUUUACACAUCAGCUGGUGCUGAGGAAAAAGUUGUUGCCAAAGAGGAACUGAAGGAAUGAGCCGUUCAAGAUUUUUUUAUCCUUAGUAAAAGUCAGUAGCUGAGAGCAACAUGAUAAUUUUGAUUUUCGUAUUAGUUUGGGGUUGUUGUGUGGAGGAUAAUAGUGUUUUAAUUUGUUUUACUAAGAUAGAUUUUCAGCUUCAACAUCAUAUACUUGUUACAUUCUCGUGAAGUCUAAAUAAAAAUAAUGCCGUUACAAAUAUUAUCAAAAA